AUGUGUUCUCUUCACUCCACAACAAAGGGUAGGGACAUAUUUGAAGCAGUGAUGAAAGCGGUCAACAGUGUCGGAGGUUUUGAGAAGUGUUCCGUCCUAGCUACAGACGGUGCAAAGGCAAUGGUAAGACCAAAGAUAGGAUUGAUUGGAUGUUUGAGAGAAAAUGAAAUGAAAUGCCCUGCACUUCAUUGCAUCAUUCACCAGCAUGCUUUAUGUGGGAAAUCGGUGAAGCAAACUGAAACCCUCAAAAAAGUUGUGAAAGUCAUCAACAUGAUCAGAGGUGGCAACAGGGCUCUUAUGCAUCGGCAGUUUCGUAACUUUUUGGAAGAAAUUGAAGCAGAAUACGGAGACCUGCUUAUGUACAAUCAAGUUAGGUGGCUUAGUGCCGGAAACUGCCUCAAGAGAUUUUUCGAGUUGAGAAAAGAAAUCCCUCUUUUCCUUCACCAGUUUUUUCCAUCAGAAAACCUUGAACAAGAACUUUUGAGCAUGGAUUUUUCACGUCACCUGGCAUUUCUAACUGAUAUUACUGGCCACCUCAACGAUGUGAACUUAAAACUGCAAGGAAGAGGCCAACUGGUGUCUGAUCUAAUGGCACACAUUAAUGGGUUUAGAAGCAAGCUGAAAAUUUUCCAUGCAACUUUGGGAAAAAAUAACUUAUCUCACUUCGCCAGCUGCAGUCGUUUGGCAUCCGAGUGUGAGGAAGUGCUGGAUUUUUCUGAAUAUUGCCCUGAGUUGCAAACAAUUAUUGAUGAAUUCAACACGAGAUUUUCUGAUUUUGAGAGCAUCAAAAACGACGUGGCUCUGUUUAAUAAUCCAGUCACAGCAGGCAUUGAAGAACAACCGGCCAACCUACAAUUAGAGCUCUGUGAUCUUCAAGCUGACCCGUUCUUUCAAACAAGAACCGAAAGGGGGCCCCAUUUCUUCAAGUUGCUUCCAACUGAACGGUUUCCAAAUCUGAGUGACUUAGGACUGAAAAUAACUUCCAUGUUUGGGAGCACAUAUUUAUACGAAAGUGCUUUUUCGGCGAUGAAGUUUAUCAAGAAUCGUCACAGGAGCUCUCUUUCCGACAGUUCAUUGUUAGACUCUCUUCGGCUGGCAACGACAAACAUCGAUGUUGAUAUUCCUGCCCUUGUAAAGAAGGCUGAUCGGCCUCAGUUUUCGCAUUAA